AAACAAUUAAUUAGUCGCCAAGUCAGUUUUACUUAUAUUUAAAAGUAUUUUGGAAACAUUUUCUCGGAGUUCUUUGUUCUUAAUUAAUUUAAUUAAAACAGUGAGAAUGGACGGCAAUAGAGUGAUAAGCUCCAUAUCUCCGGAGAUCGGAGGUAAAAAGGGAAGUGCAGGCUGCCAAUGCGAAUUAGGUCGCGACAAAUUAUUGACCGCACCACCAUACCGUCCGUGUCCCAUACAAGAUGAUGUACCAAAAUCACGCUUUUCUACCGCCCCUUGUCGUCGGGAUUUCAAGGAGUACAAAUGUCCCGUCAGCCAUACACUGGUCACUUUCAAAUCUCCAAUGCAUCCUAAAGAAGCAUUCAGCAAAGUCUUCCCAAGUAAUACGCCUAUAAAAUUUGUAAAGCGUAAAUUGGCAAAACUGCUAUCUGUUUCCAAUAGCAAUUUACUGCUUACUAUAAAUAGGAGCAUACUUAAGGAAACUAGUUUGCUAUCCAACUUGAAAACUGACGCUCACGGCAAUUUGACGGUCGACGUUUACACAAAGGAUUCCGAAAAGUUUGCUUUGUCAUCCAUACCCAAAGAGAAUUACGUUCAUGAACUUCUUCAGUCGAUCUUGCCGAAGAAAAAAGCUCUGCCUUUUAUAGCGAUAAAAUUUAGAAUACGAAAUCAAACGAGCCUUUUUACACGAUCGUAUCAUUCUGCUAUAAAAAUACAUGAGAUAAAAAAGAAUUUGGCUGGACUAUUUCAAGUAGCCCCUGAAAACCUAGUAUUAUUACGCGGUGAAAAUCCGCUGAAAGAUCGAAUGGCACUUUCUGAUCUGGACUAUAACAAAUAUGGAAUAGUUGAAGUCGAAUUGCUUACAAAAGAUACUAAGAAAUUAAACUUGGACAAGUUGUAUAAAGAGCUUCCAUCGAGUGAUAUCUUAGCGGUGACCGUGCCAUUUGGUACCGGCUUAAGGCAACUAAAUGUCGAAGUAUUCUCAAGACCAAUCGAAAAACCUUUCCUAGGUGGUUUUAAAAAUAUACAUACAGGUGUUAUAUAUCAUCAUGCUUUUACACAAACACCUCAAAAGCCGGAGAAAGUAUCGCCGGAAAGAAAAAAUUGCAGAGAUACUCAGACUGCUGAAGAAAUCGAAAGAGUUCUGGAAACCAAUUACAGUCGAUCUACACAGAUGGCCACCGAGAAAGUGUAUAUUCCAAGUGUGACUGAUAAAAUCAUAAUCCCGAAACGAUAUGAGACUUACGAAGAGAAGAUAGCGCGGUUGAAUCACAAACAUUACGCCACUAUUAUACAGCGCGCCUUCAGACAUCACCAGUUUAGACAGAAGGUGGAAAGAUGGCUUAAAGAGUGCAAAGAAAGAAUAAGGAGGAUGCAGGAAGAAGAUAGACUGGAACGCGAGGCUAUGGAGAGGCGCUUACGACGAGACCUCAUCACUAGGACCUUUCCUAAGACACGUGAAGACUUCGAUCAGCUCUACGCAAUGGUUGAUCGAUGGAAACAUGGAGAAAUAUCAAGAAUAUCGCGGCUGCAUUCAAAAGGUCCCAAGAUUGCGGAAUUUACUCUCCUUUUGGAUAAAGAAGUUGAGCUCCUGCGAUGCAUAGAAGCUUAUAGACUUAAAGUGAGAGAAGACAGUCGUAAGACAAAAGAUAAAAAGUUCUUGGAGGAAAUAUCAAAACCAGUCGCUUGGUUCGGCAGAGACGGUAAACUAAUUACAAUGGAUACCAUAGAAAUACAAAAGGCAAGAAAGCUUAAAGAAUUAUAUAAUUCUUUUUUACGCACCGAUUUGGAGGUGAAUGAAAGGAUCGAGCUCCUCGUUGAUAUGAAAGCUGCUCUUCAAGAAUUUUCCCAUGACCUGGUCGACGAAGUUAUGGCUCUAUUGGAUAGAGAGUGCGAUCUUCUUGUAAGAAGAUGCGACGAUCAUCAAUUGGAGUUUCUGAGACGAAGAAUCUCCGCAAGCGUUUUACAGGUAAUCAAAACGUCGGAGCUAAAUUCGGGCGUGACAAAGUGUAAAGAUAUUAGAGAUUACCAGAAGAUGGAGGAAGGAAGAUUGUACUUGUGUGAAAUGUGCAAUCAAGUAAAAUUACACACGGAGUUCCCGUUGAAUGCAAAAAUGAGUGGAUUCCUCGUGUGCAUGUCGUGCUCUUGGAAGGACGUCACCGAGAGACUUUGGAUCGACAUGACUCCUUACAGAUUCAUUCUUCGGGCCGUACAGCGUGAGGAGAGGCGCCGUAAAUGCUGGGGAUCGUUGGCAUUCGUCCUACAAGAAAAGGACGUAUUCUUUAUCGUGGAGAAACUCUGGCACUCUCACUCUGCUAUCAGCGAGUGUGCCGACAUGUCUCUGUUGAGACUUUGUCGUUGGCACGUCGGUGAGGAUUGGGCUCCGUGGAACUGUUUCCUGGUCACCGUUGAAGAAAUGAAGGAGCAUUUGAAGUUGGAAAAUCCGGAGGCGGUAUACGAUGAGGAGCUGAUAAGUAAGGUAGCUAACAAGCACAAGCUCGCACGCGCCAACUUUGAGCAGCUGAUAUCUAUCAACAAACGCUUCACUGAGAGCGGCGACUGGCAAGGCAUACGGGCACCAGCGGUCGCGCACGUGAACGCCGUUGAUCGCAUUACUUUGGGUAAAUUUGCAGAGCUUUAACUUAUAUUAAUCAUGUUGAUUCCUUUAUUUCAUAUAAUCGAUUGUUUAAGACGUCAAAUGUAAAGAUGGCAAGACUUAUCUUUAACUGUACGUUAUUCGUUUACUAUUUACACAAUCGGGCCCUUUUUAUACUGGAAUACGAAUUGCUAUGAGACAACCGAUUGCUUAUUUUAUUGUAAUGCUUCAAUUAAUAAUUACGUUCGUUAGUAUUUGUAUCUUUUUACACAUUACACGUAGAUAUAGCAAUGACUACGAUUCAAUACGAGUCUCAUCACUAAGCUUAUUAGAUCUCAAGUAUAGUGAGACAUCGCGAGCUAAGAAAUGAUAGAAAAUUUGACCGUCUUAUAGUGGUUCGGUUGCUUAAUAAUCGCUUUUUAUAGAAAUUGUUAUUGCUUUACGAAAUGAGGAUUGUAAAUCAUUUUAUCUAUUUCAAUAUUAUGAUCAGAAUCGAUUUAUAUAAACUAAAUCAUUUUAAUAUAUUU